AUGCCCACCCUCUUCACCCCCCUCCAAGUCGGCCGUCUCCAACUCUCCCACCGCAUAGCCCUAGCCCCCCUAUCCCGCUACCGAGUCGAAGACAACACGCACACCCCCAUCGUUUCCCUAGUGAAAGAAUACUACACCCAACGCGCCUCCACACCGGGUACCCUCCUCAUCUCAGAAGCAACCCUAAUCACCCCUCAAGCAGGCGCCUACACCAACGCACCCGGCAUCUGGUCCGAGGCACAAAUCAAAGCAUGGAAAGAAAUCGUCGACGCUAUUCACGCCAAGGGGUCAUAUAUUUACCUGCAACUAUGGGCAUUGGGCCGUGCCGCUGACCCAGUGGCACUUAGGGCUCAACCAGGUGGUGAGAAGUUUGAGGUUGUGAGUAGUAGUUCUACGUUGUUGGUGAACGAGGAAAGAGUCCAUGAUACACCACGCGCACUUACCGAGGAAGAAAUUCAACAAUAUAUCCGUGACUAUGCCACCGCCGCCAAAAACGCGGUUGAGCGUGCUGGGUUCGAUGGUGUUGAGAUCCACGGUGCAAAUGGGUAUUUGAUUGAUCAAUUCAUCCAGAAUAUCGUCAACCAUCGCACGGAUCGAUGGGGUGGGAGUGCCGAGAAUCGAGCCCGGUUCGCUCUCGAGAUUGUCAAGGCUGUCUCCGAGGCUGUGGGUGCGGAUCGUACGGCGAUCAGAUUCAGUCCGUAUAGUACUUAUAAUGAUAUGAAUAUGACUGAUUCCGACCGCGACGAGACGUUCACAUAUCUCGCGCAGGAAGUCGCCAAGUUCAAACUUGCGUAUGUCCACCUCGUUGAGUCCAGGGUUAGCGGGAAUGCGGACGUCGAACAACCCCAGGGAUCAUUACAAUUCUUCCUCGAUGCGUAUCGAGAUGCGUCCCCGCUUGUCCUUGCGGGAGGAUACAAGGCUCACUCAGCGAAAGAAGCGGUUGAGACCAGAUACAAGGAUCAUCAGGUCGUUAUUGCGUUUGGGAGACCUUUUAUUUCCAACCCGGAUUUGCCGUUUAGGAUCAAGGAAGGUAUUGAGUUGGCGCCGUAUAAUAGGGAUACGUUCUAUCUGUUCAAGGAUCCGAAGGGGUAUGUUGAUUAUCCGUUUAGUGAGAGGUUAGCGUGCAUUGUUGAAUAUAUAUAG